AUUAAAACCAUGAGGCCAGCACGGUGCUUCAUGCCUGUAAUCCCAGCCUGUGGGAGGCUGAGGAUUAAACACUCAUCUUCACCUUACUCAUCUGAUUACUCAUCUUUAUCUUCUUAGGACCACCUUUCACUCACCUGAGGACACCACAGAAGAUGGUAUAUUAUGGGAAACCUUCUUGUAAAAACAACUAUGAGAAUUACAUUGACAUAAUAAAAUAUGUGUUUAGCGCUUACAAGAGAGAGUCCCCUCUCAUCAUCAACACUAUGGGAUGGGUCUCAGACCAGGGGCUCCUGCUUCUCAUUGAUCUGAUCCGAUUGCUGUCUCCCAGCCACGUGGUUCAGUUCCGCUGUGACCACAGUAAAUCCAUGCCAGACCUCACCCCGCAGUAUGUAGAUGACAUGGAUGGCUUGUACACAAAAAGCAAGACCAAGAUGAGAAAUCGACGUUUCAGACUCGCAGCAUUUGCAGAUGCUUUGGAAUUUGCUGAUGAAGAAAAAGAGAGUCCAGUUGAGUUCACUGGACAUAAACUGAUAGGUGUUUAUACAGACUUUACAUACAGAAUAACUCCAAGAAAUAGAGAGUCACAUAACAAAAUUCUUCGAGAUCUGACCAUCUUGAGUUACCUUAGCCAGCUGCAGCCCCCGAUGCCCAAACCACUUUCUCCGUUACAUAGCCUGACACCCUAUCAGGUAAUCUGAACUUACGAGAGAAAUUGUCUUCAUUUUGUUACACACUUGUGUGGUUUUCUGUGUGCUGGGCACUCUUCUAACCACUUCAUAACUCCUCGCUCAUUUAAUCCUCAGAACAUCCCAGUGUCACAGGUUGUGUUGUUAUUCCCAUUUUAUAGAUGGGGAAACUGAGGUGUAGAGAGGCUGAGGGACUCAGCAGUAGGGGCUGGGCUGGCAUGCAGGCCCAGGCAGUUCAGCUCUGGUGACCGCUCUUAGCCACGUUUCUGUCCUGAGAUUAAGCAUGGCUCUGUGCUGGGUUUGAAUGUCCCGCCUGAUCACAGGGGCUGCUCCAGCACUUCCACUUUUCAACUGUAGAACAGGGGUGUUACUGGGCCUCAGAGAGUGAUCGUGUGGAUUCAGGGAGCGUUCACAGUGGA